UCAAAAUGGCAUGGAGCGGGGAAAAACAUGUGAAGUGAACAUCAUAACCCUUGGCACAUCGAAGAUGAAGAGGCAAAGCAGAAGAUCAGGAAAAAUAGGGGCAAAAUUUUCCGAGAAGAGGAUACACGAUGAUUUUUUUUUGUGGAAGAAGCUGUUACCUGAUUUGGAUCUGAUGUUUAUCGAGAUUCAAACCUCGGGCGAAGAAUAUAUACAUUUUUACUCUUCUAAGAAGCUUGUCAAUCUCCAUAUCAUUACACCAAGAUUUUACAGAGUCCUCAUUUGGUGCAUAUCCAAUACAAGACAGUGCCUUCUGCAUACCAUGCUUGAUGAAGCACUCAGUUUCUCCCUUCUUGUCAUGGUACGCUGAAUAAAGGGUUUCAGGAUUCCUCCACAUAUCUAGCCAACAAAAAACCUUUAUCGUCAGAAAAUAUAUUUUCU